UGGCACGUGCCUGCGUGCUCACAACAACAUAGUUCAUUGCUCUCCCUGUCCGCGUCCUCUGCACCAUGGCCGUUUCCGGUGCCGUGCGAGCCCUUGUCUUUGCAUUACUCGUGGCGUUCGCUGUCGAAGCGUUCGUUGUACCGGCUCCGGCGGCGCUGGCACGAAACCUGAGUAGACCGAGCAACAAGCAGCAGCUGACACCAACACCGAACACUGCCGCAACAUCAUCACGUUCGCUCACCCCAGCUCGCAUGUCAACGUACGAGCAGUCAUCGCCGGAGCCGUCCGCCAGCGGAGAGAUGAGCAGCUCUUCUGAGAUGGAGCUGCAAGAGCUGAUUGUGGAUUUCACGGAUGAUGGUCGGAUUUUGCUGGAGGUCAAGGGUGUCAAGGGUAGCGAAUGCAGGGUGAUCACGGAGGAUCUCAUCAAAGCUCUCGGGGACGUGAUCACGACCGAGAACACCGAGGAGUACUUCCAAGAGAAGGUCGUCAACACACAGAAGGACGCGGUUCAGCUCGGAUGGUCUUACGACGCCAGCAAGCCUGAGUGGUGAUCGAUGAUAAGACUGCAAGAAGAGUUGGCUGGACGCUGUUGGUAACGUAUUCGAACGCCAAUUUUUCGGGAUGGUUUUAACGUCCUACUAACGCGGCGGUGUUUUCGAAUGCUUGCAGAGGAAAAGCAGUCGCCACGCGGUUCCUGGUUGUCGAUUUUUAAGUGCGGGCACAUGGGCAUGGUGUGCAUCCAGCACACAACGAGCUCGCGCGGGGCCUCAGGCUUGCGCCGGAAGUAGCAGGAACGCUGCGAGAGACUGGCAAACGCGUUUGCAACGCUAUCUUGCACUGGCUCUUUCGUUUUGCAACUACGUGGUUGUAUUGGGUGUCGUUGCUGCCGUGCCCCACUUUGAGGGGGCGGAAGUGGGAUAUGGAUACAGACCUGCAAUUUUGUAGCCCUUACCAAAUCUCUUUGGUGAAUCGUAGCUUCUAAAAGGACAACCAAUUUUGGGAUUCUUAUGUAGCAGGAGAUGGCCCAUGGUUCGUGUGGGGCGGGAGAACUAGAAGAGCGCGAUCGCAUUACCGCGUGAAGACUCAAGCGCCAAGGCGAGGCACUGCGCAACUCUCUCGCCCGUUGGGGGGCUGUGUACAUAAAAGGCGUCUGCACGCGUAUGUUGGGAUGUCCAGAGGGAUGAUCCUGAUAUCAUCUGCUGUGCAUUUGUUGCGUACUUUUUGUGCGGGGGUUGGUGCUCCCGACCACGGUAAUUUUGUCGCGAGCUUUGGCGUGGCUUGGCCCGGAAAUUUUCCUCAUGUAUGUAGGGCCAGAGGUGCAACAAGCGAAUUGCUCGUGGAACGGUCGAGCGUCAAGAAAACAAGGAGUAGGCCGGUGUAUUUGUGUCUUGUGUGAUUUCUGCACAGGUUGUUAGAGCGAGGGAGGGCCUAGGUUUCGAGCAGUAUCUGGUAGGUGAGGCAUUCGAUGACGUGUUGACUGUUGGUAGAGCGAUGAACGGCCUGGUUUUGCGAGCAGUGUCGGUAGAUUGGGACAUGGAGGCGGGAAGAGAUUGUUUGAUUGAAGGUC